ACUCCAUUAAGUUUUAUCUUGACGACAGUUUUAUAUUCCUCCUCAUUUCAAAGUACCGAAUCCAUUGUGCCCUAAUCGUUCUGACGCUCCACCGCCCCUACUUCCGAUCAGCGGUUUCGCCGUCGUUGUGUCACCUGAGUCGAUUUAGCAGGCAUUCUGUUGUUCUGUUUCAUUGACAAAGUGACAACAAAAUGGAUGAUUGGGAGGAUGAGGAAAUUGCUCCUAUUGAACUGGCAUUAAAAGACCAACCUAAAAGUAAAUGGGAUGAUGAAGAUUUGGAUGAAAAUGAUGUGAAGGAAUCAUGGGAGGAUGAAGAUGAGCCUGCUCCGGAACCUGCAGUACCUGCUGUAAUAACUACUGAAAAAGCUCCCAAAAAAUCUUCUGAAAAAGCUACUGAAAAGAAGGGAAAGAAAACAGAACCAGUAAAGGAAGAACCAUUGGAUCCUGUGGCUGAAAAACUUCGCCAACAAAGACUAGUUGAAGAAGCAGAUUAUAAGUCCACCAAGGAAUUGUUUGGUGGGGGAAGUGACGAAAAGAACCUUGAUACGUUUAUACCAAAAUCUGAGAGUGAUUUCUUGGAGUAUGCAGAGCUCCUCUCUCACAGGCUUCGUGCAUUUGAGAAAAGUUAUCAUUAUAUUGGUUUACUGAAGGCAAUUAUGAGACUAUCAAUGACUUCUCUAAAAGGAGCAGAUGCUAAAGAUAUUGCAUCUUCGAUAACUGCCAUUGCAAAUGAAAAGAUAAAAGCAGAGAAAGAAGCCAAUGCUGGCAAAAAGAAGACAGGUGGCAAGAAAAAGCAGCUAAUUGUUGACAAACCUGAUGACGAGUUUGUUGCUGAUCGAUAUGAUGCUCUGGAUGAUGAUUAUAAUUUCAUGUGAAAAAUUUUGGUUCAGUUCCUUUCGGAUUCAGUCAGGGGAUUCAACUAUUUCAACAUUGGAAGUUGGGACAAGACCCUUCGGCAUACCCUUGUCAAAAAUUGAUGAGUGCUGUCCUGUAUUUUGUCUAAUAAGAGUGUGCAUCGGUGUCGUUUUUAUUCGUUGUCAAUUUUGUCAUCAUUAUGUAUUUCGAUGUUAGAUUUUUAUUAGAUGAUUUAUACAAGUUUGAAGAUGAACGUAGCAACAUUCAACAUUACUGUUAUUUUGGGUACAUCAAUGUUCUUGGAUUGUAAGAAUCGAUGUUGCCUUUUUAGUGUUAAGGGAACUUGGGACAUGCCAUGGUAUAUGCAUGUUAAGAUUGGAUGUUGAUAGCAUUUAUCACCCACUGAUUGCUUAUAAGGACUCGCAUGAGAA